GUGGACGAAAUCAACCGCCUAAAAAAUUUCGUAAAUUGCAAAAAUCCAAUUUCAUGUCUUUUUGUUUAAUUUUCAUGUGUUUUAAAAUUUUGCAAUAUUUAAAUAAUACAAAAUAAAGAAUAAAUAACUUUAAAUAUUAAUUUAACUACUUCACAAUGAGUUUCGAUGAAACGUUACAUGCUUAUUUUUUUAUUGACGAACAUAGCGACGAUGAACCAACCGAACUGAGUUCGGCCUUUGCCACUCUCAAGGAACACAUCAAGAAUGAAAAACACAUUAAAUGGAUUCAAUCCCAAGAAGGCUUCGCCCUCAUCAAGUCUGGAAAAUUGACAAAGAAAGACGUCUUCAUAUUUGCCAAAUUCGAAGGUGAACUAUUCGAACAAUUACAAACCACUAAGUGUCUCAUAGUUGGACCCAAAUGCUUGAUCAACUGCUUGCACAGAUGCGAGCCUAUUCCCCUCAGUUCCUCGCCGAUAUUUACCACUGCUAUGAGGGGAUUGCAUAUAUCGGCUUCAGGGCUCAAUGCUGCCGAAAAAGAGAAGAUACGAGUGCUAGUAUCAUGGAUGGGUGGAUCCUACUUCCAGAAUCUGGGUCGCUCCAUCACCCAUUUGCUAUCGAACACCAUCAAGUCCACUAAGUACGAACACGCCAGCCUGAAUGGCAUCCCUGUGAUGCACGUCGAUUGGGUGCACAACGUCUGGCAGAAGAGUUGUGCCCAGAACGCCGUCGCAGCUACCGAUCCCGAGUUCGAUAAAUACAAGUUGCCAGUGUUCUACGAAGUGAACAUCACCUGCUCCGGUCUAGAUAGCGAGAAGAAAGCUGAGGUGAUGCGGCUGGUGGAGGAGAAUGGGGGAACAUACAAUCGAGCCUUCCGAUCACAGUACACAGACAUCGUGAUCACCGAACGAAACAAGGCCAACUCGGAUAAAUACCAGGCAGCCAUCAAGUAUAAGAAGGACGUCCUAGUUCCCGAGUGGAUUUUUGAUAGUGUAGCCAAGGGAUUCGCCCUCCCAACCAAGAGUUACAAAGUGACCACGAUGAAGGCAUCGACUCCAACCAAGUCCGACCAUAGUGUGAGUGAUUACACUCAACUUUCGGAUGUCUCCAGGAUCUCAAUGAUGAACAGCAGCAAACGCAUGGAUCUGACAGUGAAUGACUCCGUCUGUUCCACGUUAAAUGACACUGCUCGAUCUCAAGGCAUGGCCAAAGCAGUUCUAACCAAACAGGCCAGCGCAGCCGGGCAACAAUACAAAGCAAUCCUGGCCGAAAUCUGUCCCAAGAAGUCAAAGAAGGCGGGGACCUUCCUUGACGGCUGCUGUAUCUAUCUGAGUGGCUUUCGGGGUGAGGAGAAGGAUAAACUAAAUCGCAUCCUCAACGCCGGUGGAGCUACACGCUACGACGAGAUUAAUGAGAACCUAACGCACAUCAUAGUUGGGCAGCUAGAUGAGGCCGAUUUCCGGGCCUGGCGCAGUGAGGGCCUUUUGUCGGUGGUGAACAUAGUCCGCCUGGACUGGCUUCUGGAGAGUAUCAACCAGAAGCAACCGGCCAGUGAGAAUAUCUAUCGCGUUUCAUUGCCAACCAACAGAGAACCUGAUGCCCCUUCGCCUUCCAGUAAGAAGACCCUGAGAUCCAUGAACCACAGUUUUAAGCAGCCCGACAUCCCAACAAAAAAACGACUGUUUGCUGCUCCUGCCACGACUCCAGAUCCCUCACCAUCAGCAGAGGAAUUAUCAACUAUAUCAAAGAACGAGGAAGAUGACCUGAUUUCUCAGUAUUCUCAGGACACACCGGUCGUCCUAAUGCCACCACCGCCUCCAGCUACUCCGAGGGCAGAUGAAACUCCACUUCGACUGCCGCCUCCAGUCUCCACUUCAACUCAGUCAAGCACAGUUGGAGUUAACCCAGCUCCGACUUCGGCUCCCCUGACCACAGACUCCGAGAUGAGCAAUGGACUGACCACCCUCGAUUAUGAGAAUCUGAACUUCCUUCAAGGAAUGGCAGUCUACAUUGAUCCGGACCACUUUGAUGAUGAAUUCCAUACCCAAUUGGUGUGCGAAUGUGAGGCGGCUCACGGUAAUGUUGUAAAGGACAAUUUCAAAGAUCCCGUUGACUAUGCGAUUGUGUCGUUCGAGAGGACCCUGGACGUAAAGAAGCUUCCAGUUAAGUCCAAGAACAUUGUGACAGAGCUUUAUGUGGAGGAGUGUAUGAAGCAAAACAAACUCGUCCCAAUUGAGUACUUCCAUAGGUAUAUUCCGAACACUGCAGAAGCGUGUCCGCUUAAAGGGAUGACCAUAGUGGUGAGCAUCUACGCCGGCCUGGAGCGUGAUUUCGUCGAUGCUGUGGCUCAACUUUUGGGAGCAAGUGUCAAUAAGACAUUUGUCAAACGCGAAAAGCCUCUCCUUAUAUGUCCCCAACCAGAGGGUUCCAAAUACGAGGGAGCCAUCAAGUGGCAGUAUCCUGUGGUGACAUCCAAGUGGUUGUUAGAUUGCGCCGAACUUGGUCAAAAAAUUCCAUACACCGAUUAUCUUGUGGGCGAUAGUCCCCUCGACUUCCCAGUGUCUCCAGCUUUGAGGGAGAAGAACUCAAAUGAGCUGUCUCGUACAUUGACUCCAGCUCCUGUUUCAGUUCCAGUUCAGAUGUCCCAUCAAACACCUAUGCGAAUGGACACCGAUUCAAUCGAGAAUGCAGGAGUGGCUCCUGCGGCAAAUCUAAAUGUCACAACCGAGUUCACCCCAUUGCGAAAUAAACGGGUAACUGAAUUGGCAGGACCCAGUCGGAAGAGUCUUGGUGGUGAGUCACCUCAAACCCCGACGAAUUGCGUCGGACGACCUUCGUGUAAUUUUGAGCUAAUGGACGAGAUUCUGGCUGAGAUUGAAGACGAGGAUGAGAGGGAGUGCCUGCGGGAGGUGAUCCUCGAGAUGAGAAACAACCAGACACCGGAACUGGAGAGAAUCAGACGCCAGGCGUGUACACCAAUCAAUCGGAAGCUUCCCACACCCAAGGGCAUUCCGGACUUUUGCACAACUCCGGAGUUCGAAAAGCGAAUGUCCGAGGAGAUUGAGCGUCGCUGGCGGCUACCCACAAAGAAACUCAAGCCCAACACUCCAAUCGAAGAGAUCCGCAAGAGAAUGCUUCGAGCGACUUGCAAAAUGAUUGGAAUCGAAUACAAGGGUGACUCGGAGAGCCCUGCACAGGUAACUCCUGCGAAUGUGAAGCCAGCUGCGGUGACUAUCAAUGAGACCACCACUCCACUCGCCGGAACUUUGUCGCGCAAGAAAUCCUCUUUCCAAGAGAAAAUGGACUUCGAAGACUGCUCGACUAACAACUCUGCGCAGACGCCAGAACUGAAGCAGAUCAGUGACUAUCUGAAGAAUUGUGAGUCACGUCGACAGAGUAUCCAGAAGCCUAAGAAGCCGCAAAUGUUUGACAACACCGAGCAGGAAGAUGGUCGGGUUCUGAGAUUUGAGUCGGAGCAGUUUGGCGGAGGUACCGAGGAGAUGGUCACAUGGAAGGAUCCCACUGAGUUCUCGGUCUCAAGGCGCUCCAAGGGGGCGUCGAUGCAAUUCAUUGGGACUCCGAAAUUCAGUAUAUCAUGUUCAAGUGAUGCGAUGCGACAAGAGAUCAUCGAAAAAGCCCAACGCCUUCGAGGUGAGGUGUCUGAGAAUCUUAUGAACUAUGAUCCAGAGUGUACACAUUUCCUGUGCGAGCGUCCCAAUCGAGGAGAGAAGAUGCUAGGCUCGAUAGCAUCUGGAAAAUGGGUCUUAGGAUUGGCCUACAUCGAGGAGUGUUUUGCCCAGAACUGCUUCGUAAACGAGGAGCUUUUCGAGUGGGGCAAUCCAAAAGCCUUCAAUCUCCCAGAACUUUCAAAGGAAGAGCAAGUUAUAGCCAAUGCUGCCCAUCGCUGGCGGAAGCAAUUGUCCGAGGGGUCACAAUCGAAUGCCGGGGCCUUCAGUGGGUUCUGUGCUAUUUUGCGGAUUUCCGAGCGACACAAGGAAUCUUUAAAAAAUGUUGUAAAAGCCGGACACGGGAAAAUACUUCAAGUGGAGUCUCCAUACUCGUCUUGCUCCGAGCAGAUAAGACUUGCUACGCAUUGUUUUGUUGAUGUUAAGAAGGCGCCUCUCACAACGUCCGAUUAUGCCAUUUUGAAGGAGAAUAAAGUUCAAGUUCUGUCGCAGUUAUACAUUAAUGCAUAUCUGAUGAAUGGAAAGGACGCAGAUGUUGGCCCAUAUACCAUUAAAAUGUAAGACUUAUUGGAAAAAACUUGGGAAACAUAACGAAAAAUUGCUUAAAAUUUAUCCAUAAUUGUUAUUUAUCUAUUUUUUUAUUACAAAAUAAAUUAUGAAAAUUAAACUCAACGUUUUAGAUCAAAU